GCAUCAGUUGUUCGCAGUCCUUCAAAGAUGCAGCAGUGCUUGGUAGUUGGACGCAGUACGAGCUGAUGAGCUGCACUGGGAUGUGUGUGUCUGAGCGGCUUUUAACAUGUGAAAAGAAAACACUAACUAACGGAGUAACUUUAAGAUAGUCAUCAAGCAACUACAGAGAAAAGUUUUACUGAGGACAGUUGUUGGAAGGAGCUACGUUGGCGAAUUCGCUCCAGAGGCCUGAGUGCCAUGCCAGAGGGAUCCCAUUCUGCUCUCCACCAGGGCCCAAUGGGGGAAGAAUCUCCUCAGUUGUCCUCGCCGCUCUCCACCAGUGAACAUGACCAGGCAAACGUUGACUUGGGCCCAGACUGUUACAGCCGGCUAUCUGUGGAGCCACUGGACAGAGAGGGUGAACGUCCAGUGAGCCUGGUGUCCAGCCUUUCCUCUGGUUCAUCCCGCGAUAGUCGCAGCCUUUUUGGGAGCACCGUAACCCUUCCUUCCUCCACCACCCCACCCAUACAGAACGAGGAAGACAUAGACUUGGAGUUGAGCCCAGCUGAAGGCACCGGAGAGCAGGCAGAGGACCAGAGUCCCACCCUUACAGGCUCCAGGGGCCGCUGGCAGGAACAGCUGGAGCCAAGGGUGAUCAGCAACCAGUGGAACAACAAUAACGCCACCUCCAACAGGAAGGCAAGUUGUGAAGUACCUCACAUCUCCGCCUCGCCUGUUGCCACAAACGCCAUGGCGCCCAACCCAAAGCUGACCUAUGUGGACCGUGUUGUCAUGGAGAUCAUUGAGACAGAGCGCACGUACGUCAAGGACCUGCGCAGCAUCGUGGAGGACUACUUGGCUCACAUUAUUGAUAUGAAUAACCUUCCCAUACGGCCAGAGCAAGUGUGUGCCCUGUUUGGAAACAUAGAGGAUAUCUAUGAGUUCAACAGUGAACUGCUGCAGUCCUUAGACAUGUGUGAGAAUGACCCUGUGGCCAUCGCUCAAUGCUUUGUAGAUAAGAGUGAAUACUUUGAAAUAUACACUCAGUAUUGCACCAACUAUCCCAACUCAGUGGCAGCACUGACCGACUGCAUGAGGAGUACAACUUUGGCCAAGUUCUUUAGCGAUCGGCAAGCUGCUCUGAAGCGCUCCCUCCCUUUGGGAUCCUAUCUGCUAAAGCCAGUCCAGAGGAUCCUGAAAUAUCACCUGCUACUUCAGGAAAUUGCAAAGCAUUUUGACCCAGACGAGGAGGGCUAUGAGAUCAUUCGGGAGGCAAUAGACACCAUGACUGGAGUGGCCUGGUACAUCAACGAUAUGAAGAGGAAACAUGAACAUGCUGUCAGAGUGCAGGAGAUACAGUCUCUUCUGAUCAAUUGGAAGGGUCCUGACCUGACCACCUAUGGAGAGCUGGUGCUGGAGGGCACCUUUCAUGUCCUGCGGGCGAAGAACACCCGUACACUCUUCCUCUUCGAAAAGAUGCUCCUCAUUACCAAGAAAAGAGGGGAACACUAUGUCUACAAGAUCCACAUCUCAUGCUCCACCCUAAUGCUACUUGACAGUGCCAAGGAUCCGUUGCUCUUCAGUGUCAUCCAUUUCAAGCAUCCUAAGCAACCCCAUGCAGUGCAGGCCAAGUCAGUAGAAGAGAAGCGUCUCUGGGCCCAUCACAUUAAGAGGCUUAUUCUUGAGAACCACAACACCAUCAUACCGCAGAAGGCGAAAGAAACCAUCCUGGACAAUUCUAACUAUCCAGGCAAGUACCACUAUAGUCCUGAGAGGCUGAAGAAAGCAGAGUCCUGCCAAGCUGACGACUUCCAUCUUGGAGGGCGAAAUGGAAGAAGGAGAUCAGAACCUGCAAAACAACUCAUAAGGAGCACAAAAGCUGUUUUGAAGCAUGCAGACAGUGAGGGUACACUGCUGGGGGAGAGGUGCUCCCUUCAGCCAGCCACUACUGUCAGUACGCUGGCCUCCAGUCUAGGCGAGCCCCAGGCUGAGAGGCCAUGUGUGGAGGAUCUAAUUCCCAGAAGGGACUCUCUGGAGCAGCUAAGUCCUACUGACAGUGACCUGAAACUGGGCUCUUUACCCAGUGAGGGGGGGCUGGAGCUGGAGGAGGCAAAGGAGGAGGGGGAGAGUUACGAGGAAGAUAUACUGAUGGGAGACGACCAGGUAGCCGACUUUGCCAGCUCAGUGCUGGCAGCUAUCUCCUGCUGGCACUAUAGAGCCAGGGCUUUGCUUUCUACUCACUUCACAACGGAUGAUCAGAAGAGAGAUAUGGCUGAACUGAAAAUGACAAAGAGAGAGGAGGUAGAAACUCACAGGCGGGAGGAAACACAUGGGGACGUGGCUGUGAAAGAAACUCUCACCGCACAGGUCAAUGUGGAGGAGCUGUGCCCUCUAGACUGUGUCCCUCAAGCGAAGAGGAGCGAUCAGCUGGAGGUGCAUUACUCCCAAUGCCCCGAGUCUCCUGCCCCCCCUUUGCAACGAGAAGCCGACACACCAGAACCUCAGGAUACCUCGAGAGAAACUGGAGAGGAGGAAGAAGGGGAGAGUGAUUCCUCUGGUCUCCAAGUGGAGGAGACAAGUGUGCUAACGAACGGGGAGCUCUCAGAGGAGGAAGAGGAGGUGCUUUCAGACAAUAAAAGCAUCCUUCCUUCCUCUGUAUUGGACCAGGCAAGUGUGAUAGCUGAGCGCUUCAUCAGCAGCCUGUCCAGGCGGAGCAGUCUGGUUUCAGAGGAGUUGGGUUCCAUCGCCUGCCCCUCACCCUCAAUAGAUAAUGACGCCUUCAAAAGCCCCUCAGCUUGCAUGGACUUGGAGAAACAGAUCCAAAUGUUUGCCAGCUCUUCCCCAGAGCCACAGGUGACCUCAGAGGCUAAUCUGUCAACACCUGCAAAUACACCUGUGCUGAACGCCCUCAUUGAAGGGGAACGCAGGUCCACUCUCUCUAAACAAGAUCGCCUCCUCAUCCACAAGAUCAGAAGAUACUACGAGCAUGCUGAGCACCAAGAUGCCAACUUCAGCAUCAAGCGCAGGGAAAGCCUCUCCUAUAUCCCAGCAGGUCUGGUCCGGCAGCUGAGCCGACAGCUUAAUGGUGUUCCUCAGGAGCAGGCCGUCCCAGUCCACAAGAAAGGCCUCUCUCGAAACCGCCCCACUUCCUGGUCUGUGUUUGACCUUCCUGGAUUAGAAAAGAGACGAAACACUGACACUCGUCAAAAAACUGAAGCACAGAGACCAGUGGAAGCCAAGGCUAGAUCUCAGAGCGUCACGGAUAUCUCUACCACAGAAGAAGAGUUCAGACCCUCAUCAGACAUGCUCAAGGUAUGGCAAAACAUGGAGGAGGAGAGCCAGGAAGUCCAGCAGACUGCAAAGGAGAAACUUAAUGACUCAAGAGUAGAAGCGACACAGGAUUCAGACACUUCAAAUGUUAAAACCAGUAAGGAACCGCCUCAGAUUUUAGAAGAGUCUGAAAUAAGCACUGCCUCAGAUGGCUCCUCCAUCUCAUCUCCCACCACAACCUUUGCAGCAGUGGAGGGGGGAUCCUGUCAGGACUCUAAGACAUGUGGGACCCCCAUGUCUCAAGAGAACCGCCAUGUCAACCAUGGCCAACUACCCAAGAUCAUUAGUUUCCGAACAAGUAUGGAUGAGGACCAGAUCCUACAAGACAUGGGAAAGAUGAAAAACAAGGUGUUCCAGCUGGCACGACAAUACAGUCAGCGCAUCAAAAAUAACAGACCAAUAAUCUGGCCAAGGAACCGAGAACCAGCAAGUCAACAGGGCUUCAAGAAUAUGCCCGCUGUCCAAGUGGAGAAGAUGCAAUUGAGGAAAAAGGGUAAACCCAACCUGAGAUUGCCCUUGAACACUUGCGAUCAGGCGGUCAUCCAUGAAGAGCGUUCUCCAAGCCCAGUCCAGACUCCCAGCUCUGGAGCCAGCUCCCAGAGCACAGUUACCUGCCCGCAAAGCCCACAGCCAGACACCUUCCACUGGCCUGAUGUACAGGAACUGCGCACCAAAUACACAGAGACCUCCCACUCAAAAGUAGCCCGUAGCUGCACUGUCCCAAAUGGGAUGCUGGAGUACUGUACAAACAGGUGUAAUGGCUGCUCACACAAGUACAGUAGCUCCUCUGACCUUCACAAAGCACUGACAGACUGUCCUAGGACACAGUCUGAAACAGUAUACAAGGAAAGGUGUCCUGUGGUGGAGGACUGGCCCCAGUCCCAACCCCAGCUUCAGCCCCUGCUGUGCAGGUGGAGCUCCUUGGACCACAUGCUUGGGUCUCUUCCCCUCCAUGAAGUACAGAACCUUCAGGAACCUGUGAGGGCCUGCUACACAGCCAGUCAGGUGUCUCUGCUAACAAGAGAAACUGGCAAACUACAAGACGGGGACAGCCUCCUCCAGGAGGCCUCAGACUGUGCCACAAAGUCUGCUGCCCUGAGUUCAGGGAAGAUGACAGAAAGUAAUCUGGUGAAAAGCUUAAGGGAGAAGUUCCAGAGCUUAAGCACAAGCUUGUAAACAUGUGGUGAAUUAUGUGCAUUUUUAUUAUCAGGGACUAUCACAUGGAAACAUUAUCUGCCAGUUACCUGAUGCUUCUUAACGUCCCCUUUUCCUGUUCCCCCCCAAAAGAAUGCAACUUGUCUACAAAUUAUUUUCAGUAUACAGGACACAGUGAUGAUGUGGGCACCAGUGAAACAUAAAAGGGAUAUAAUUGGUCACUGGUGAGGGCCACGAGGUGAAAGCAUAUUGUCUUUAAAAAGGUGUAUUGCAAUAUUUGUACGUUGGGUAUUUGUCUGCACUGUACAAUACAAAACAGGUUUAUGUAAAAAAAAAAAAAAUGUGUAUAGUCCCCUGUAUCAAUUGAAGAUUAGGUUCCACUGUUGGUGAUUCUUGCUUUAAUCACUAUAACACUUAUCAUUUAACCAUUUAAACUGUCAGUUUGAGUUUCAGGGGAAAGCAAAAAUGAACUAAAGUCUCAUUGACGAGAGAGCUCUGCUGUUAGCAAAGUCUCUGAGCGUACACCAAAGAGGGUUUCCUUUUAACAUUUGUUGACUUUUAAUGCAUGUGGUCACGGCAGUAAUUUGCUUCCACGUCUACUGUAGCUGCUUCUACAACUGUUUUCACAUACUGUAUCACUGGAGCUUUAUUAUUUUUUCAGUAACUUGUAUAUUUUCUUUAAUAUUAUUUAUGAAACUGUAUAUUUGGGAGAGAUUGGCCUCAUGUAAAUACUGACCAGUAGCAAGCCUUUAUACUUUUCCAUUCCAGAAAAUAUAUUGUUUCAUACUUGAAGUUUUCCAUAUUUUCAAUAAAAAUGGAAAUGGUUAAGUGUC